AUGCAACAAUAUACGGAAAAACCUCUAACAAAUGGUGAUAGAUUACAAACAAAAACUAAUCGAAAAGCUUUUGAUAGUCAGACAGAAAUAAUAUCUUUGAAAGAUUCCGAUAGCAAACAUCAUCAUCAUCAUCAUGGACAUAAUUCUCAUCGUCAUCAUCAUAAACAUAGUUCUCACCAUCAUCGACAUGGUUCUCAUCAUCAUCGACAUGGUUCUCAUCACCAUCGACAUGGUUCUCAUCACCACCACCACCACCAUCAUCAUCGUCGUCCUCAUCAUCGUCGUUAUUCAUCUUCUUCAUGUUCUUCAUGUUCAGAUUAUUUUAGUGAUAUUCAUCGAAAUCAUCAUCAUAAUCACUCAAUUAAAUUACCACGAAUUAUUACACCACAACCAUUAAAAAUUAUCACACCUACACCACAAAAAACUAAUACAUCAAUCUAUCGUGAUAUUGGUAUUAAUACAGGAAAAGAAACAAAAAUUAUGCGAGAUUCAAGUGUAACAGUUGAUUUUAUUGAUGCACCAAAUACUGGUGAUAGACGUCUUGAACAAAUACCUGUUAUUCGUCGUACAAUUAUUGUUGAACCUUAUCCAGCACAACCAACAUCACAAAUAAUUGUUAAACCACGUACAGAUAUGAUUGGAAAAGUUCGUUUAGAAAAAAAUAUUCAAGUUAAUAAUAAUAAUGAAACACUUAUUUAUCCAACAACAUCAUUAAUAACAAAGAAAAUAAAACAAAAAAAAACAAAUAUUAUUGAUAAUAAUAUUAUUGAAAAUUUAAAUUUAGAUGAUAUUAAUAAUAAUGAUGAUGAUGAUGAUUAUAAGAUGAAAAAAAGUCAUAGAACAAAAAUAAUUAAAAAAAUACCAAGUGAAAAAAUAAAAAAUGCUUUUUAUAAUUAA